AUGCCGAUACCUAGCUAUCAACAGACGAUGCUUACAUCCAGCUCAAUAUUGUUCCAAGAGCUCCAAAAUUAUCAGGCGAACAUUGAGACGCAUUCCCUCAUAUUUGAAACUGAUAAAACCGCGAUCUCUCCCCUGUUCCAAGAGUUCCAAAAUUAUCAGGCGAACAUUGAGACGCAUUCCCUCAUAUUCGAAACUGAUAAACCCGCGAUCUCUCCCCCUCCUUAUCCAAAGCCUGGGGUGAGCGGAAACCUGUUGUUCCAGUUCCUGAUGAUCUGCACCACCAUCAUGAAGCUCUACAAAUAUGUUUCAACUGAUGUUCGUCAAUAUCCAUACUCUAGGAUUGGUCUGGAACUAUGGGGAAGCCGAGCUAUUGGAGAAGCUACCCAUAUACAAAUGGAGAGCAUCAAAUCUAAAAGAAAGGUAGUAAAGAUGAUGUUGUUUGUUGUUAUAAUAUUUUGUGUGUGCUGGCUUCCAUACCAUACAUACUUUAUCCUAGCUCACCUUCAGCCUUCAAUUAACCAUGGAAAAUAUAUACAGGAUAUCUAUCUGCUAAUCUACUGGCUGGCGAUGUCGAACUCCAUGUACAACCCUAUGAUCUAUUGUUACAUGAAUCAGAGGUUUCGGCGCGGAUUCAGUGAAGUUAUUCAUUUCUUUUCUCCCUUCAAACUCUGUUUCAAGCCUAGAGAUACGGUUCCAGAGGAGGACAGGAUGGCAAUGACUAUGAACGGGAUGAGAAUGAACCACCUUAGGGUCAACAGAGAGCUUCUGAAUCUCAGUGGGAGUAACUGUAGUACAAAUGUGACCCCAAUGGCAACAAGAAGAACCUCCCCCAUCGAUAGCGUGGGUGGCAACUCUCCUUGCAGAAGACAAGAAACAAGCUUUAUAAAACAAGGUACGAGAACUGGCUCCGGUAAUGCUCCGACCUGGAGCCGGGUUCACCAUGAGAGGGCUCCAAUUCCUCCAAUAAUCAGUGUUGAAACCUACGUCCAUGUAGUCUCCAAUCCAACCCUGAAACAGGAAAGUAUGGACGGAAACCUGAAUCAAGGGCCAAAAAUUCCAAGUUUACGUCAAAUGAGCGAAGAUUCAGGGAAAACUAAGUCGAAAGCUUUAGGCACUCAGAGCUUUAAGCUGCCAAGGCAAACCUUUAAAAUAAAUGCUUCGGGCAUUAAUAAGAUUCUGCCGCUAGAUGAAAAUAUUGAGAAUGAAUCCAGUUCAGAAUUGACAGCUUUAGAUAAAUCCGGCAAUUUCAAUUUGGGACUAACAGAAGGGCCAAACGGAAUAAGGAGUAUGGAAGAAGACCAAAAAGCAACUAAUAUCCCAACUGACAAUGAAAUCCAGCAAACUAACUGGGUCAACUCCGAAGACAAUAAAGCUGUCGAUAACACAGAGACGAAGGAAAGUCUAACUGUUCAACUUGAAAAUUACAAAAAAGUUUCCACAGACUUUCCUGAAUCCCAGGAAGACGCCAUAGAUUUUCCUACACGGAAAAGAGACUCCAACGACUGUUCUAUAUCCGAAAAAGAGAUGAUAGACAAAGCUAAGGAUGAAAAAGACUCUAAUUUUUGCCAGGCACAGAUUAGCAAAACUCCAACAUUCCAAUUAGAAAACAUUGAGAAAAGUCGAAAUGAGAAAGUGGAAGAUAGAGAUCGUGAAAUUGAAUGGUUUGGUAGAUCUGCAGGGAGGAUAAAUGAGAAGUUUGCUAAUGCCUCCUUAUCAGAGAUAAUUGCUCUCUCUGCACUCCUGCAGGAGGAUAUUGCCAACAAUGAUCUAAAGGAUCGGAAGAACGAUGAAACACAAUCUCGUCAUGAAAACACCAUAAAUCCUCGUCUCCUUAGUUUCAACUCAAUCAUCAACAGGGCUAGUCUGCUUGCUGUAGAUAAUCUGUGUAUAUCUGUCUGUGAUUCUUCAAGUCCUACCUCCCCUACAUUGAAGCCAAAACUGAUAUAA